AUGACUGACUGUCUCAGAUCUGUACACACCGUUGAAUCGGUUGCUGUUGCUAAAGAGCACAAUAAACAUAUUGUCCAACCACCUAAGUUCACUUGGCCAGUCAUUAGAAAGUAUGUCAUUACUAGAUUUUCUUCCCUUUGGGUUGGAAGAGAAGAACUUUCUCAAUAUUCCUGGAACCAAAUCCUCAACCCUUUCCAACCAUUAGUCCAUGUCAACCGCCACCAAUGGAACUUCUUCAUGCUUGGUUUCUUAGCUUGGACUUGGGAUGCUUUAGAUUACUUCACUACUUCCUUGAACCUUACGAACAUCGCUGAAGAUUUAAAUGUUAGUAUUAAGGAUGCGUCCUGGGGUAUGACUUUGGUUUUGAUGUUGAGAACUGGUGGUGCUAUUAUCUUUGGUGCCAUUGGUGACUUUAAGGGAAGACGAUGGCCAUAUAUGAUUAAUUUGGGAUUUUUGAUUGUCAUUCAAAUUGGUACUGGUUUCGUCAAGACAUAUGCAGCCUUCUUAGGUACAAGAGCCGCUUUCGGUAUUGCAAUGGGUGGUAUUUAUGGUAUUUGUGCCGCUGAAGCCCUUUCUGAUGCUCCAACCACUGCUAGAGGUGUUCUUUCUGGUAUUUUCCAAGAAGGUUAUGCUUUAGGUUUCUUAUUGGCUACUAUUUUCCAACGUGCUCUUGUCGAUACUACUAAAGAAGGCUGGAGAUCUAUGUUCUGGUUCAGUGCUGGGCCACCUGUUCUUUUAAUCAUUUGGAGAUUCUUCACCCCAGAAACUAACUCUUAUCAACGUCAACAAGAACGAUUUGAAGCUGGUGCGGCCGCAAAGGAUUCAAAUAUCAAGGAAUUCAAAAGUCAAGCUGUCCAUGCUUUAAAGAGCUAUUGGUUAAUCAUCAUCUACUUAAUCUUCAUGAUGUCCGGUUUCAACUUCUCAUCUCAUGGUUCUCAAGAUUUGUAUACUACUUUAAUGCAAAAGCAAUACGGUUUCGGUGAAGACAGAACUACGGUUGUUAACGUCUGUGCCAACUUGGGUGCUUUAGCUGGUGGUAUUAUUGUUGGUCACUUGUCAAGUUUCAUUGGUAGAAGAACUGCUAUUAUUGCUGCUAACCUCUUUACCGCUGCCUUCAUUUAUCCGUGGGCUUUCAGACCAAUGUGGGUAACCGCUUUCUUUAUGCAAUUCGGUAUUCAAGGUGCCUGGGGUGUUGUUCCUACUCAUCUUACAGAAUUGUCCCCCCCUCAGUUCAAAGCUUUCGUUACUGGUGUCUCAUAUCAAUUGGGUAACUUAGUUUCUUCUGCUUCUUCAACUAUUGAAGCUACUAUUGGUGAACGUUUCCCUAUCAAUGCCGAAGAAGGUAUUUAUGACUAUGGUAAGACUAUGGCUAUCUUCUGUGGUGCCGUUCUUGCAUACUUGACCAUUGUUGUCUUACUUGGUCCAGAAAACAGAAACGCAGAGUUAGGUGUUGAAAGAGAAGAUGUUUACGCCGUCAAUGAUUCUGAUGAAGGUGCUUUGGUUACUCCAGAAAUUGACGAAAAGAAAAACAACGACGUCGUAACCAUUGAAAAGGUUUAA